ACUUCCGGCCGGAGGCGUCUGGCUGGGGGCCGAGGUGGGCCGCGUCAGGCCGACGACGACGACGACGACGACGAUGACCGACGGGCGGGCCGCAGGCACCAUGGCGUCCGGCGGGGUCCGCGGGCCGACGCCGCGCUGGGGACGGGCCCUCGGCGGCGCCGCGCUGCUCCUGCUGCUGCUCCCGGCGGCCGCCGCGCAGGGUUGUUCUCAGAACACUAAUAGGACCUGUGAAGAGUGCCUGAAGAACGUCUCUUGUCUUUGGUGCAACACUGACAAGGCCUGCUUGGACUACCCGGUGACCAAAGUCCUGCCGCCCAGCUCUCUCUGCAAGCUGAGCUCUGCCCGCUGGGGCGUGUGCUGGGUGAACUUCGAGGCCUUGAUCAUCGCCAUGUCCGUGAUCGGGGGCUCCCUGCUGCUGGGCGUGGCCAUCUGCUGCUGCUGCUGCUGCUGCCGGAGGAAGCGGAGCCGGCGGCCGGACAAGAGCGAGGAGAGGGCCAUCCGGGAGCGUGAGGAGCGCAGGGUCCGGCAGGAGGAGCGGAGAGCAGAGAUGAAGUCCAGACAUGACGAGAUCAGAAAGAAAUACGGUUUGUUUAAAGAAGAAAACCCAUAUGCUAGAUUCGAAAACAACUAAGACGCGCUCCGCAGCACGACGAGCAGUCUUCCGCCUUUCCUCGGGCUGCUGGUCCGCAGGGGCCCUGCCACCUCGUCCGCCUCCGACCCUGGGUGAUGGAAGCUGCCCUCUGGGCCCAGGCCUGGGAGCUCCUGUCCCCUCUUCUCUGUUUCUGUAUUUAGUCACCUGAGACAUUAAGACCGUCAGGGCUUUUCUGUUCUGUUGCUCAUCUGGGGAGGAAACUGCACUGCGUUCCAGGCCCCUGCUCCAGCUGCGACCCAGUGCAGACCCUCCCUGCGCCCGGGCCGCGCAGCCCCACGUGCAGGGAGCAGGGCGCCUGCAGCCCGUCCCGGGACCACCCCCCGCCCCUCUUGUUUCCCCGGAACACCACAGGUGACUUGCCGUUGACCGUGGGGUCCGGGUCGUAGCCUGACGAGGGUUCAGUUCCUGACCUCUACACCAAAUAGCAUUGAGCAGUAGUUACACUCACCUUGCAUCUUUUGGGUUUUUUGUUUCUUUGUUUUAAUAAUUCUUGGAUUUUAUUCUCCCACCUAAAAGCUUUACUGUCAAAGCUUAGGCCUCUUGUGGGUGAUUUCUUAAGUUUGUGUCUUUGCUGGAACAUCGAGAUAUUUUUCCGGUGAAAAUGUGAUUAUAAAACCUCUGAAAGGACAGUGGUCGGUCAGGUGCUGAUAGGUCAUGGGCGGGGGCGGCUUCUAGAGGCUCCGCUUGCCUUCUUUUCAGCCCCAUUGACCGCAGGCCUCAGGCCCUGGGGGCAGAGUCUCUCCUGAGUCAGACCCUCCCUGCUGUCUGCAGUGGUCCCUUAAGGCACGCAGGUGACCACAGGUCCGCCCUCGGGAAGCAGGGGCCGCUGACUGGAUCUCCACGCACGACAGGGACGCUGGCGGUCGUCCUGCUUGUCCGUCGACCCCAGCUCCCAGCCCACUCCUUGGUCUUGGCCAAGUGCUGGGAACUUCCUUCAGAGGCGGCUUCUUGUAAGGUGGCCUCCCAGUGCCCGGUGGUGCCGCGUGUGCUGGUUCCCUUUCUUCCAGAUCAAGAUACAGGACUGCAAUAAAUGGUCUGAGCACUUCCUGGCAGGGACAGCAGACGGCAAAGUCACUGUGAACAGCGUUUCUUAAAAGAAAUCUGAAAAUAGUUCUAGUUGCCAAAUUGCUUUGAAUGAGAAAAACGAGCUCUGGGAAGGUAGGUGGACCGGCACGUGCAGUGGGGCGUCCACGCGGACCCAGUGAUCACAGGACACAUUCGGUGCCGUGUGCCCUGUUGGCUGCGCAGAUCUGUGCCUGAUUUAACAUUUCUACCCUGAAGUUUCACAAACUUCUUAAGAAGAAACUUUCAUAAACUCUUUCGUUUUAUUUCUCUGAUUUCUUGGGCAUUUGAUAGCAAUGAAAGUAUUAUUAAACAUUCCUAAGUAUUUUGUAAGUCUGUAAAUUUUUACUUUCUACUGUUUGUUCAUAAAAGAAACUUUGUGAUAGACUUCAGUGAACUUUGUACUAACACAGUAGUGAGUGCCGAUGUAAAAUCACUUUCUCGACUUGAGGCUGCUGAGCUGGAAGCUAAGCCGGGUUGCGGACGAAGCAAGCUGCUAGAGCCAGUUGCCAGUGCGCAGCCCUCCUCCCGCACAGCGCGGAGCCCGCCCAGCGGCCCGGGAGCAUCGCCACAGCCGUGUGCUCCUUCUGAAACAGCACUAAGAGCAGCCAAAAACGGUAACCUCUCGGAAACCAGAAGUCUGGGUGCCUUCAUCUUUAACCAGUUUCCAAUCAGCGGAUUAAUACACGCUUUUGUUGGCUA